AUGUCGGUUGGUCGAAAGUCAUCGGUUUCCCUGUCCUUAAACUCUUUAUCCACUCCCACUCCCAGUUCUAACCCGGGCCCCGUCGGUCUUUCAUUUGUGAACAGUGAUAUUGACCUACUGCCGGAGGACCUCGAACAUGGACUCUGGCAAUAUCAGGAAGGGCUCGAGUCACAUACCUUGCUCCACAGCCCUUCCAUGCAGUCUUAUGUUUCCUUGGAUGAUCUGUCCAUGAACCCAUAUACUAUAACUGGACGAGAAAUAGACUUCGAAUCCAACGUAUCUGCUGACGUUGACUUGGGAUCCAGUCAGUCAGCCUUGGGCUCAGACAUUUACCCUGAAUUCCAAGCCCAGGACAUAGCUUCUGAGAAUCUCAGCUGGUACCGUCAGGGCAAUAUCGUCUCUCACGAUUUCGGGACUUACCAGAACGAUCCCCAUCUGAACGACCAUCUGAAUGGCCGUUUCAUUCGGCUGGACUCAGCCAUGCAAGAGCUCCUACGAGUUGAGAACCAUAUCGUCGACCGUAGAAUGGGCAGAAGGUUUAACCCAAAUUCUACCACCAAAAAAUCCCGCCCCAAUCUUAGGUGCACAUGGAAAGGGUGCAAGUACAAGAAUCCGUUUAACCGCUCGGCCGAGUUGGAAAGACAUAAGACAUAA